GUCGCGAUGGCUCCGCUGCUCGGCUCCGAGCCUGGCCGCCCCGUCUUGCCGCUGUCUCUAUGGCGGGCGCUGGCGCUGUGGCUGGCCCUGGCGCUGGCCGUGCUGGCGGCGUGGUCCCCGAGCGUCCUGGCGAUCCCCUCCCCGAAGCCCGACUGGGGCGGCCGCGGGCACUCGGCCGACGCGCCCGUGCUGCGCUCCGUGGUUCUCGACCCCGGGACGGGGCAACUGCAGGUGCUGCAGGGCCUCCACCCGGACGCCGUGGCCUGGGCCAGCCUCAGCAACGCCAUCCAGCAGACCGGAUGGGCCCAGCUGGAGGUGCACACGAAUGGACACUUCAAUGACAGCCUGCAGGCCUAUGCUGCGGGCGUGGCGGAGGCUUCAGUGUCCCAGGAACUUAUCUACAUGCACUGGAUGAACACGGUGGUGAACUACUGUGGCCCCUUCGAGUACGAAGUCGAUUACUGUGAGAAGCUCAAGAGCUUCCUUGAAACCAACCUGGCGUGGAUGCAGGAGAUGAUGGCCUUGGAAAAGGACUCAGUUUAUUGGCACCAGGUUCGACUUAUCCUUCUGCAGCUGAAGGGUCUGGAGGACAGCUAUGAAGGCAGCGUGAACUUCCCCAUCAGGCAGUUUUCCCUCAAGCCACUGGGCUUCCUCCUGCUGCAGCUUGCCGGGGACCUGGAGGACUUGGAGCUGGCCCUGAACAAGACCAGGGCCAGGCAUGUGCUGGGCUCAGGCUCCUGCUCUGCUCUCAUCAAGCUACUGCCGGACUAUGAGGAACUGCUGGUGGCCCACAACACCUGGAGCUCAUAUCAGAACAUGCUCCGCGUUGUUAAGAAAUACCAGUUCUCCUUCCGGCAAGGCAUCCAUGAGAACUCUGCCCCUAUUCCCGGCAACAAGCUGGUCUUUUCGUCCUACCCGGGGGUCCUCUUCUCCUGCGAUGACUUCUACAUUAUAGAGAGCAAGCUGGUGGCCCUGGAGACGACCAUCGGCAACAGGAACCCCAAGCUGUGGCAGUUCGUGUACCCCAAGGGCUCAGUGCUGGAGUGGCUGCGUAGUAUGGUGGCCAAUCGCCUGGCCCUGAAUGGGCCCUCCUGGGCGAACGUCUUCAAGAAGUUCAACAGUGGCACGUACAACAACCAGUGGAUGAUCGUGGACUAUGGUGCCUUCACUCCCGGCAAGUUUAAAAAACAGAGCGGAUUGCUCACUGUCCUGGAGCAGCUCCCGGGCAUGGUGCUGGUGGAGGACAAGACCUUGGAACUCUACAACAAUACGUACUGGGCCAGCUACAACAUCCCGUCCUUUGAAGCUGUGUUCAAUGCCAGUGGGCUGCCAAGCCUCGUGGCCCAGUACGGGGACUGGUUCUCCUACACCCGGAACCCCCGUGCCCGAAUCUUCCGUCGCGACCACUCCCUAGUUCGUGAUGUGCCCUCCAUGUUCCGGCUCAUGAGGUACAAUGACUUCCUCCAUGACCCCCUGUCACUCUGUGACAACUGCAGCCCCAAGCCGAACGCCGAGAACGCCAUCUCAGCCCGCUCGGACCUCAAUUCACCCAACGGCUCCUACCCCUUUCAAGCCCUGCAGAUGCGCUCCCACGGGGGCAUCGACACCAAGGUGACGAGCUUGGGCCUGGCCAAGGACCUACGGAUGGUGGCAGUCAGCGGCCCCACGUGGGACCAGGUGCCCCCCUUCGAGUGGAGCACCUCAGCCUUCAGUCAUCUGCUGCACAUGGGCCAGCCCGACCUCUGGAAGUUCCUGCCUGUCGAGAUCGGGUGGGACUGAGCCAGUGGCCCUUGGCUACUCAGCCCUACAGAACUCACCUGGCCCCUCCAGGGCCCCUUUAAGCACUUCAGCUUAGUCCCGCCCCAGCUCCACUCAGGACUGCCCAGCCUGCCUUAGCCCCACCCCUUGGGUGGAACCUUUCCAUCUUUGCCCCAUCCCUGCCUCUUCUGCCCCUUUGCUCCCCUGGCAUGGGUUUGCCCUUGGCCUGUCCUGCUCUGCCCUGCUGGCCCCGAGGUCUGCCAGGUUCACCCUGCUCAGGGCUGCCUCACGGACAGG